AUGGAGUCACGCGCUACAGAACUUCCCUCACUCUGGGCCGUUGCAUUCGGCGCUUCCGUCGUAGCAGGCCUCGCAGGUUACUUCCUGGGCACUGCCUCGUCUAUCGGUGUGUUUGGCAGCAACCUCCAGCAGCGCGUCGUUAGCAGCACCGGUGCUCAGCAUGAAAAGGAGCACGACGGCAGCGAUGAUGAGCACGACAACGCAUCCGAGUCCGAUUCUGAGGACUCCGAGGAUGAUCAGGAGAUCAAUGGUUUUGAGGAUUUGACCGAGGAAUGCAAGCUCGUUCUCGUAGUUCGCACUGAUCUGGGCAUGACAAAGGCAGCCCAGUGUUCACAUGCCACCCUUGCAUGCUACAAGACCCUUGUACGCCAGAACUCGCCAAUCCUCAAGCGCUGGGAAGGUUACGGUCAAGCAAAGGUCGCCGUGCAGGUCAAGAGUGAGGAAGAUUUGUUGAUCCUCCAAGCUCAAGCUAUCAGCCUGGGUAUCUGCGGACAGAUCAUCCACGACGCCGGACGUACCCAGAUUGCCAGUGGUAGUGCGACAGUACUCGGAGUCGGCCCUGCUCCCAAGUCCAUGGUUGACCAAGUUACUGGACAUCUCAAGCUUCUGUAA